AUGGCUAUCCCUAUCAACAACGCUACCACCUACCAAGCUCUGCAUGGUCUCGAUCUGACUUCCUCAGAGGGACUCGAGCUUCAGCACCAGAUCCAGGAUGCUGUCGCUCUGCUUCCUAUGACCAGAGCGCCCCCCUAUUGCAAUAGAUUCCGACUUCCUUAUCGCCCCUACGCAUGUAAAAUUCUGGCCUUGCGCAAAUCUGAAAUGGCGGAGUGUGAGGGCUGCGACUCCGCUGAGGCUCGCAUCGAGGAUCUCAAGGGACAGCUCACCGAGAAGGAUGAGCUGAUUGCUUGCCUUAAGGCUCAGCUGGAGGCCCCGGUGAAGUCUCAGGGAAAGACAUCAACAUCACGACGGGCUCAGUUUCGAAGAUACCUCAAUUGA